AUGGCGCUAGGCAGUGACAUCGGUCCCGCAGCCUUCAACCCCACUGCCGUGCGCCCCUCCAACACCUUGAGCAGACACGAUACUGAACAUCACUACACUCACACAGACGAACUUGCACUCGAUAAGCGAAUCAAACCCAAGCCCAACAUGGCCUACAACUUUGUCAGGUCCUACAUCGACACGUUCCGAGAGCGGACCGCCGCUAUCAGCCACACAUCGACCUUCCGCGAGACGGGUCAGAUAACACCAGAGGAGUUUGUCCUUGCGGGGGAUUUUCUGGUCUUCAAGUUUCCCUCAUGGCAGUGGGCAGAUGCAACAUCGCCGGCGAAGCGCGUAUCGUACCUGCCUGAAGGAAAGCAGUUCUUAGUUACGCGCGGCGUGCCCUGCCACCGACGGCUCGAUGACAACUUCGCGGGUGAGGCCGGCCAGGACGAGACAAUAGUGCGGGAUGGCUUCACUGCUGGAGAAGGUGCGACCGACGACGACGACGGCUGGCUAAGAACUGGGGGCAUGGCGGCUAGUCAGGAGGCCAAGGUGCGCGAUGUUCGGACGGUUGACGAGAGCGGCAACCUAGGCGCGGCAGAGGAGGAGGACGAGAUACCCGACAUGGAGGACAUUGAAGACGACGAAGAGGCCAUCAUAAGAGAUCCACAGGGCGACUCAAACACAAAGGCGCCCCUCCGAACGUACACCCUCUACAUCACAUACUCCGCCCACUACCGAACACCGCGACUAUAUCUCUCCGGCUACGGCUCCACAUCCGUCCCGCUCAAACCCAUGGAGAUGAUGGAGGACAUCGUGGGAGACUAUAAGGAUAAGACGGUCACAAUCGAGGACUUCCCAUUCUUCGACAACACUCUCAAGACCGCCUCAGUACAUCCUUGCAAACAUGCAUCCGUGAUGAAGGUGCUGCUCGACCGCGCCGAUGCCGCCCUGAAGCUGCGACUUGCCAAGCUCAAGGCCGGCAAAGAUGUCAGCAAACUCGACAGCGGCAUGGAAGCACUUGUCGAUGACACACGGUUGCUGAAGCUUACUGAGCAAGCCAAGAACAAGGAUGGCGAUGAGGCCAAGGAUGACUGGGAAGUACUUAGUGAGGGCGGUGACGACGAAGUAGCCAUCCGCGUGGAUCAGUAUCUUGUUGUCUUCUUGAAGUUCAUGGCUAGUGUAACGCCAGGUAUAGAGCACGAUUUCACCAUGGGUGUCUGA